AAAACAUCGUGCCAUUUUUCCUAUCUGCAGUCUCCAUAUUUCUUCAUUCUUUUACAGAAAUUCUCUAUUCCUUAAAAUACUUAACUGUAAAUUUCUUUGAUUUUUUCUCAUUUAAACCACUUCAAUUAUCAUUAGGCGAUAUAUAUAUUUUUUCCGGUAAUCUAUUAUGGGAUUACUAUAAUGAAAAGUUCUUCAGAUUCUUCUUUUUCUUUUCAGAAGAAGAAACGCCAAGAACUGAAUCUCUCUCUGGUUGCUCACAAGAAACCCAGAAAAAAUAUUGUUACAAAAGCAUUUUUGCGAAUAAAAUUUCUUGGUCUCCCUUUAAUUUCAAAAUCCACCGGUAAAUGCUGCGAAUGUAUUGUUCUUGAACCCUAUAAAACCUAUGCCGUUGGUCGCAGUGAGAAAUUAUGUGAAUUCACUUUUCUUGACCGUAGAGUGAGUAGAAAACAUUGCCAAAUUUUAUUUGAUUCGUUGAAUAAAAAGAUCUAUUUAUCAGAUGGAGUAUUUUUUAGUUGUAGUGAAGCUAACGAUUCAUUUUCUAUAGCUAGGGUUAGGGUUUCGUUGAAUGGGGUUUUUGUAAAUGGAGUUAAAAUUAGUGGAGUUGUUGAAUUGCACGUGGGAGACGAGGUUUGGCUUGUUUGUGGGAAUGGAGAAGCCUGUGGCAUGGGGGACAGAAUUGGUUUUUUCGUGGAAAGAAUUGUUUGCCUGGAGGAGGUUGAUCAUAGGAGUUUCAUAAAAUUGAAUUCAGGCAGUGUAUAUGGGGAUUAUGAAAGUUUGAGAUUGGAACACAGUGGAAUAGUUGACAAAAUGAAUGUGCUUUCAAGUAUGUGUAGAGAUAUACUAUGUAGCGAUGACCCCAUAUCCCAUAUUCAAAAAUGUCUUAUUCUCGAUUGCAGAAAGAGGGAUGAAUGUGCUUCUAAAAUGGGCGUUGAUAAGAAUUCUGUAUUGCUGUCUGAUAAUGAUUUUCAAUUUCGUAAAAAUGGUAGACUUGAAAUUGAAUGUGUUAACAGGAAAAGGGUGUACUCAAAUGAGGGUGAAGCUGUGGAAAAAUGUGAUGGCAAACCUCAGGAAGAGAUUAUACUGAUCUCGAAGGAUUACACUACGCUGACAUGUUUUGAUGUUGAUGGUGCAUCCAAUGUUGAGGUUAUACAGGAUCUGGAUAAUCGUGGUAUUCAUUUUCAAAACAGUGUUAUCGCUAUUGAAACUUCUGAUAGUUCGUCUUUGGAAUUUGUGGACAAGGAUGAUUUUAAUCAUUGCAGUAAAGUAUUGGAGGAAAUGAAUUGUGAUGAUUGUAUUCUGCCACCAGGAAAGAAGUUCUAUUUGAAUCGGCUUCAGUUCAGGAGUCAAGAUCUCCCAGAGAGUAUCAAUACUGUUUCAUUACCGGAGCUCUUUCAUCCUGUUGACAGUCUCAUAAGGGUAUUUAUUGCGACAUUUACUAGUGAUAUAUUAUGGUUUCUAUCCUACUGCAAGAUUCCUUGCCAUCUACCGGUAACAAUUGCUUGUCACAGUGCUGAAGGGUGUUGGAGUUCAGACCCUGGAAAAAGAAUAUCAAUCCCUUUCUCAGAUUUUCCAAACUUAACUAUAGUGCAUCCUCCGUUUCCUGAAGAAAUAGCUUUUGGUAAAGACCGCAAGAACUCAGGUAUUGCUUGCCAUCAUCCCAAAUUAAUUGUGUUGCAAAGAGAAGAUAGACUUCGAGUUGCCAUCACUUCUGCAAAUUUGGUGGCAAAACAGUGGCAUUGUGUAACAAAUACGGUGUGGUGGCAGGAUUUUCCGCGACUGAGUACUGCUAAUUAUUUAUCUCUUUUCACUCAAUUCUCAAAUGAGGAAAUCAAUACAGAUUCAAAAUCUGAUUUUGCUGCUCAGUUGGCUGGAUUUAUGGCGGCUCUACUAGCUGAUGUACCUAGUCAAGCCCAUUGGAUCAUGGAGCUACCCAAGUAUGACUUUGAACAGGCUGUUGGAUAUUUGAUUGCUUCUGUACCAGGAAUUUAUUCACGGAGAAGUCCUUGCAUAUCAGAAUCAAAACAUUUCUUGGUGGGUAACAAGCAAAUUCCUGAGCCUCGUGCUUUGAAGUUACUUGGUUCUUUUGAAGCCUCUGUAGUUGGUAUGAGCCACAUUUAUCGUUAUUUAGCUGAUUCAAAUGGAGCACAAUUGAAGAAACUAGCUUCCUAUCUUGGAAAAUGUGAUGAGGACAUGCAUGGGAUGUCAGAGGUUGUUUUGAGAAGAGAUACAAAUAUACCUGCUGAUAGGAAUGCUGUGAGUGUCCUUAUUCCUAAUCCUGAAGACUUUCCUGCGGGAGAUUUCGUUCAGCUUGGAUUCCUUCCAAGGCAUAUUGCAAAAUGGGUGGCUCCGCUGUCAGACAUAGGUCUUUUCAUGUUUUCUGCAUAUAUUUAUCCUAAAGAAGUCCUUGCAACUGCUUUCGAAGGAAGCAACAAGAAAGUAACAUUGAUGCUUUAUGUGUAUUUGGGGCCUUCGCCUUUUGACAUUUCUGAAGUCACACAACUUGAGCGUGUUUCUGGAAUAUGCUCUUUAGUUGCGUCAAUUCAGAGGUGUGCUGGCCUCUGGCGACUUAAUGAGGUUUUGGAUCAGUUCAAGUGGCCUGAACAUUUAGAAUCCGAGUUCUUUUUUGGUUCGUCCUCAGUUGGAUCUGUAAAUCCUCAAUUUUUAGCUGCAUUUUCAGCAGCAGCUGGGAAGAGAUCAUUGCCAUUCUCUGAAUCCGAGGAGUCCGAUCCAGAUUGGGGCUGUUGGAGUGCCAGUCAAGAGUUAAAAAAUCCCUCUAUCAGGAUUGUUUUCCCAACUAUCAAUAGAGUGAAGAACACAAGAACUGGCAUUUUGGCAUCGAAGCGCCUUUUGUGCUUCUCACAGAAAACAUGGCAGAAGUUGAAAAAUAUUGGCAUACUCCAUGAUGCAAUUCCUUAUCCCAGUGACAGAGUUGGGCUUCCUAUGCACGUCAAGGUAGGAUGCAGACGGUUCAGGUCUAGGACAGAUGCGUCCUCCUUUGGAUGGGUUUAUUGUGGAUCACACAACUUCAGUGCAGCCGCCUGGGGAAGGCCGAUCUCCAAUUCACUAGAUGGACAAGCCAAUGGAACUUCAAGGAAUAAUCCCGUAUUAGGUUCAAGAUUACACAUUUCUAAUUAUGAGCUUGGUAUCAUUUUUGUUGAUCCCCCACCAGGCACAGUAGAUUGUGUCAAACAAAAGAGUACAACCUUGGACGAUAUUGUUUUGCCCUUUGUUGUGCCUCCACCAAAAUACAGACCAGGAGAUGCUCCCGCAACAGCACAGGCAAUGAAGGAAGCACUAGCUGAGCUUAUAGAGCAAGAAAGAGAAAAAUGUGAAGCUGCUGCAGCUGCGCAGGAUUUGACAGAAUUGGAAAUACCAGAAGAGGAAGACGACGAAAUUAUGGAGACUGCUCAAUAUGUCACAAUGGAGAAGGAAGAUGAAAAAGCUUAUGCUGAUAAAUUAUGGAGCCAAGUUGAUUCUUCUGAGAGCAGUUGAAAUCUUAUAUGUUUGGCAUGAAGGAUUAAUCGAACUUGAUAGUAUUAAUGGAAAAAGUUAAAAAAAGAAAAAAAAGGAUAUUCUUUUCUUUUCUUUUUCCCCUAUUGUGUAGGAAUUAUUUUCUGCACAAAUACCACCAAAAUUCAUUCCUUUGGUGUCUUGGUGUCAACUAUUCUUUAGGUUUCGUGCUUAGACACACUUCUUCAAUUAAUUACACGUGUAAUUUAUGUUUAGUCAUUUAUUGAUUCCUAUUUAAUUUUUUUCUAGUUGUAACUAUUGGGAAAUUUAGAUAACAGAUAUUAUUUUUCUUGCACUUA